AUGCCAACAUGCGACCACAUCUUCGGCGCAUCCUGCAUCGAAACCUGGUUCGACAACGCAAGCACCUGUCCGCUCUGCCGUCAAGACUUCUUCCCUACACAUCCCGAAGAGAUAUCGCAAGAACUGAAGGAGAUGCCUGGUCUCGUUGAAGAGGCGUUGGGAGUGCUGCAGAAAAUGCGGGAUAGGUAUCCACAGGGACGCGACGCUGUUGACAAGAUAUCAAAUUCGCUUGCUGGGUUUGCGGACAUGGUUGGGAGGGACUGUGAGGAGAGGAAUGCGAGGAAGAGCGAGAGGGGAUUAUUUGAGAGAAGGAGGCAUCAGAUGAGAGUUCGGGGGACGCUUGCGGAACACGCACGGCAAGAUGGAACGGUCGAUGGGCAGGUACCCCCACCGGAUGAGCCUGCGACCGCUCCUUCAAGCGACAUCACACCGCCAACGCCAUCCAUCUCCACACCAUCCGCUCCUCUCCAGCUCCCAGACCCAAUCUCGAUGCGGGAAUUCAUCACUCUCCAAGCCGAAGCCGUUCUCGCCCACGACUUCACCCUUGAUCUUGCGUCCGUCACCCGCACCGGACAAGUCGACCCAGGCUCGGAUUUCUUCCGCGUCAUGGAUACAGCACAGGAUGGCUAUAAGCGACGAGCAGCGACGGCUAGCGGCGCCGCCAGCUAG